GUCCUAAGUUUUCGUCCACAAAGGUCGGAUUUAUGGAGCAGUAGCAGCGGUGAACGAACGGUUCAACCAAUUGAAGACAAAGAAGACGAACAAGAACAAGAAACAAACAUUAUCGAACAUCAUCAUCCAUGGAACCCAAUCCUCCUUACCUUCAACACAAUCACAGGUAUGUCCCAUACUCCCCCAAUCCCCCGACGACGACGUUGGUUCCUAAUAGCCCUAAUUUCUAUGGGUCCCACCUCCACCUUCCUCCACCGCCACCACCUUCACGCCAUCCUCUCCCUGCCCCUCCUCCACCACCACCUAACAUUCCCUACCAAUUCACCUUCAGACCUAACCCUAAUUACCCGAUUGAAGGAACUCCCCCCCAUACUAGAUCAACAAUGAACAAUCACCAUCCUGAUGUUGCCCACUCAUCUCGACUCUCUUAUGGAGUCCCUGUAGCUGAUGGCCGACCUUAUGAUCCCAAUCGUUAUCACCAUAGGUACGCCGACUCGGAUCCAUCGUGGGAUGGUCGGGCAUACCCUGUUGGCAUCCUGGAUCCCGAGCCUCGUCCACUCCAGUUCAAUCAGCGACCUGUAUCACCAUAUCGGCCAAUUGAGAAGAUUAGGCAUGAUUUUGAGGGUGAUGUUAGGUUCAGAGACGGGUUUCAACGGAAUCCACGGAGAGGAGAUUUUAUGAGGGAUCGUGGUGAUAGGAAUAGCCAUUUUGAUAGUUCGUCUAGGGGCUGGUCUGAACAUGGAGCAGCAUCCUCCAGAGCUUAUCAAGGUAAUUAUGAUAACAGGAGUCAUUAUCGUGAUUCAACUGAGAAUGAAAAUCAUAGAUGGCCGCAUACUAAAGAGUUUGUGAGAGAAGGUGAUGGUGUUCAAAAGACUUUGGGGAAACAUGAAUAUUACAGUUCAGAGUUGGAAAGACAUAAUAAUAAGGGAAGCAGGGAGGUUAAUUAUGAGUUUGAUCACACUCCGAGGAAGCAAAUGCAGAAGAAGAGUGCUUUGUUGAGGAUUCAAAAACCAAAACCUAGCUAUAGGAAUAGAGAGGACGAGGUGUCACAUUAUUCGGGUUAUUUCAAUGACACCACAUCUAGUUCCUUUAGGGGUAUGGAGCAGCUUAAAUAUAUAGAUCAUGGAGUGGAAGAAAAUACGAUAGAGGGGAGCCCUGUAGAGCUUGAUGUUUCUUUUAAAUCAAACUCGCUAGUAGCCAAGGCAAUUGUUCCACCAUUGAGUUCUGCAGUUGUUACAGCAAAGAAUUUGACUCCUAGAAAUAGCAAAAUUAGGAAACUUGAGGCGUCUGAGAAGGAUUGUUCAAGUUCACAAGUGCUUAAACCCAGCGAGAGUAUGGUGAAACUGGACGGGGCUCUUUGUGCUGGUAAAUUUACAUCCACUUCUAACCCGGUUGCAAACUUUGGCAUUGAUAAUGGGCACAAAAGUAGUUCAGAACCUCCUUCCCAUGAAGUUGAUGUCUCCCUUGGAAAAAGAAAAGUGGAGAGGUCUGCUAAAGUAAUGAGUUCAGGUAGCAGUGGCAAAACAAAUUCCACAAUGGUUGCCAAGAAGAAAAAAAUUGUAAAGAAAGUAGUGAAAAAAGUCUUAAACCCUUGGUCACGCUUAUCAAGUUCACAGCCAAAAGAGAAGCUUGAUGGGCCCGUGGGGAUGGAUACUUUCACCCAUUGUCAACUUACAACAUCUGUGCCUGAAAAUCUUUCAACACCUUCAGGAGAGAAUACAACUCCAGCAGGUAUAGUGUCUGUGCAUCAUACUGAGUGGCAGCCUUGUCCAAAUUAUGUAUCUGUGUGUGCAUGUGAGAGAAUGGAUGGAUCUCCAAAGACUUCCGUUCCAGAGGAAGUUGGUGGAGAUGCUCAUUGUGGGGGAUUGAAUCUUCAGAAGUUUAAGAGAAAGUGGAAUGAUUUAACGCCUUCUUUGGAUUCUUCAAAAGACAAACAUAUCAAAUUUGAUGAGAGUUCUACAAAUGCAGAUAAUUUGGUGCAUGGCUUGCAGACGCUAUCUAACACUGACAAGGAUUGUAUUGAACUUCAAAGUGAAAAAAUGCCUUUCUUUAGGGUUGAAGGUUUCAGCAAGCAGGGUUGUCAGAAUGAAAGCUCUAUCUUAGUUGAUGGUAUUCCAGCAGUGGUAUCUUCAGAGGUGAUGCUUUCGGUAGGAAGUGGUAUAGAGAAAAAUAUGACUCAGGAACGCCUUAUGAAUACAAGUAGCGGUUGCCAUGAAUUGAAUUCUGCUGUGGUUAUUGACAGGAGUUCAAUAAACUCACUAGAGAGGAGUGUAUACACUGACUUUGAAAACGUGGAAAGUGAUAGCUAUCAGAGUGGUACAUGUCAGAUCGAUAAAAUUGAUGAUGAUGGUACUUUGGAAGGAUUUCAAAAGACUGCUUCUUCAGCAGGUGAUAUGCUCGCUUUGAAAAUCUUGGAGGAGACCAGGAUUGGUGAUUGUAAAAUGGCUACUGAGUGUUCUGAUCAGGCUACAAGUACUAUAUAUAGCUUCACAACCAGAAGUAGUUGUUUUAGAUCUGAAGAAGCCAAUCUUGAGACAGGUGAUGACAUAGGUGAGCAGCCGUAUCAAGGUGGGAUUACCAUGUUAUGUGAGAGUGGUGCCACGGUAAGUUCCGUGGAUGAUACCAUUUUAGCAGAAGUUAGUGAAGAACUUACUCCUAACGAUAAUAGGGAAGUUGGGAGUCCUCGCCUAGACCUGUUGAGCUCAGGGAUGAAUAAUUUGCAUGUUGCACCGCUAAAUGCAGUGAGCUCUCAACCUUGUGUGGACACUAACUUAAGUUCGUCUUUUAAAGAACCUGACUUUACAAUUUCUCAUGGUCCUUCUAUAGAACUCGUUUUAAAAUGUUGUGCUGAUGGAUUUGGUGUCACGCAAGGGAGCAGUUCUAUAGAUGGGUUGUUAGAGGCUAAGAUUUCAGCUAGCAAUGAAGUGAAUGUGGGCCUGGAUGAGGUUUCAACGAAGAAUGAAGAUGAUAAUAUAUUUUCUGCCGGUUAUAUGGUACCAUCUAGUCCAAUUACUUCAGCUAUCAAUGAAGAACCCUUAGAUGAUUCUUCUACAUCCCUUGUAGAAGUGCCAACCGAGAUUAUUGAAAGUUCAAUACAGCCAGUAGAAGUUGUCGCGGUGAGUAGCACGGAUACUGUAUGCACUGCUGGUUUUUCACCUUGUCAAGAGGCAAUCAUUGUAGGAGGGUCUUCUAAGGGUGUCAAUUCUGCUGGAGACAAUUUUGUUAAUGAUAGCUGGAAAUUUGAUGGCUCAAAUGUUUAUUCUUGUUGCACAACUGAAAAUUUUGGGAUUGCGAAUAUGAAAUCCAUUUGUCCAUCAGGGAUGGGAUGGGAAAGGGUUGCUUCUGUUGCUUCAGCUGGAAGUAACCAUGACAUUGACAUCAUGUCUGUAGAAAAUGAUGAGGGAGGGAAAACAAAUUUAGAUGCUGGUGAUGGGCAGUUAAUGAUUUGUGGUAAGUCUGCUCAGAUCCGUAAACCUUCAGAGCGUCAUUGUCUGGCUGUCAAUCAAAGAAGCCCUCAAACCGAAUUGAGGGAUGAUAGUUAUCUGCAUCAUGAAAGGGAAUUGCCUUCUAUUUUUAACCAUCCAUCCUUAUUGGCACAUGAUAAUAGAGUUUCUACUCCUAACUGCGAUGAAGAACCGAUGGAGACUGUUCCUGAAAUCUCUGAGGGUUGUUCUCCAGUAUUGAUGAAUGAGCCAGACUCAACACAUGGACAGAUUGAUAAAAAUAACAUUGGUCAGGAUGACACAACUCCAGAUAAGAAUUCUGCAAUUAGAGGUGGUUCUGACUUAUCUAACCAAACUUCAAAUUCAAUAGAAACCAAAAUUGAUUCAAAGAGAAAUCGUGUAAUGGAAAAGAAUCAGCAUACCAAUGGGAGGGCUUUGCCAUCACAGGAUUCUCACAUUACUACUCCUCACAUCCAGUAUCCUUUGAGUGCAGAAUCACAUGGGAGGAAGAUCCAUUCAAUUCAUGCUCCUCCCAGAAUUCCUGGUUAUUCUUCUUUUCCGCAUAAUGCCUCAAGAAGCACAACCUCCUCCACCCAUGGUACUCAACCUCGAACAUGGCGUCGUACUACUACUUCUGCUUCUCCACUACCGAAAAACAAACCAAUCUCAAGCACAGUCCCUCCACAAAGACAAUUGCCUAGAAGAUCCUCAGAGCUUCUGAAUAAUUCAUACAUUCGGAAGGGGAAUAGUCUUGUUAGAAAGUCUCCUCCUGUUACUCUUCAAUCCCGAGGAUCACUUGGUUUGAGUUCAUAUGUUUAUCAGCUGGACUCUUUGGGUACAGAUGAAGUGAAGAAGACUUCUGGAUCUGAAAGUAGGGUUGAUGGUACUGACACAUCAAGUUCCUUGGGAACAGGAGCUGUGAGUGCUUCAUUUGAGAGGCCUAGAACACCACCGUUACCCUGUAUCACCAAGAUUCCAAAUAGACCUACAACUUCUUCAGGUGGUCGUACUUCUUCCCCUCUAGCAGAGACUUCUAAUGUGUCCAAUGAGACUACAUCACUGAAAUUUGCGGAGAGUAGUGAUGAACUCUCAGCAAUUAAGGAGUCAUCAAAAAUUUCUGCAAUUCCUGUUUAUUUUACUGGUUCAACAAACAGUGUGAGUAGCCAGAACGAGUCUAGUGAUGGAAAUUUGACAUCUUUAAAUGCAAAGAGCAUAACAUAUGUAAAGAAAAAAUCAAAUCAGUUGAUUGCAACUUCAAAUACCACUGGUCCCUGUGUUCACAUAGCUGAUAACACUGUGGCUGCUUCAUCUGAUGGGUACUACAAAAGGAGCAGAAAUCAGCUAAUAAGAACUCCUCUCGAAGGUCAUGCCAAGCAGACAGUUGCAAUGCCUGAUUCUGCUAUAAUUUCGAAUGGGCUAACAAAUUCUGUAGUUCUUCCUGGAAGAAGUUUUGGUAGAAGGAGAAAUCAGAAAGUUGUAACAAAUGCAGGUAAAUCUUCAAAGUUCUCUUUAGUGUGGACACUGCACGGUGCACAAUUAUCAAAGAAGAACGGUAGUUCACUGAAAUGUCAGGUCCUGCCACAUCUUCCCUGGAAAAGAGUAAAAUACUCUAGAAGUUUCAUGCAAAGUCCAGUUUCCAUUUCAAAUAAUAGUUCCUUGUCUACGAUCAGUAGGAAAUUGCUGAUGUUGAGAAAUAGGAACACUGUUUACACAAGGUCAAGAAAUGGAUACUCUCUUCGAAAAUUCAAGGUAUUAAGUGUUGGUGGGUGCAACUUAAAAUGGUCAAAAUCCAUUGACAGGAAUUCAAAGAAAGCUAAUGAGGAAGCUACACUGGCAGUUGCUGCAGUGGAGAGAAAGAAGAGAGAGCAGAAUGGUGAUGUAUGCACCGUUUCUAGGACGAAUAACAGAAGCCAUUCUUCUCGAGAACGGAUAUUUCGCAUUGGUUCUCUCCGUUACAAAAUGGAUUCUUCCAGGCGGACCCUCCAAAGGAUAUCAGAUAACGAAUCUUCAUGCUCAAUGGCUCUCCAAACAGAGAACACUAUGAAGAGACCUUAUGUGCCAAGGAGAUUAGUGAUUGGGAAUGAUGAAUAUGUAAGGAUUGGCAAUGGUAACCAGCUUAUUAGAAAUCCCAAAAGACGAACUCGUGUCUUGGCAAGUGAGAAAGUUCGAUGGAGUUUACAUACUGUCAGGUCAAGACUGGCUAAAAAACGGAAGUAUUGUCAGUUUUUCACUAGAUUUGGAAGGUGCAACAAAGAUGAUGGCAAAUGUCCCUAUAUUCAUGACGCCUCCAAAAUUGCAGUCUGCACUAAGUUCCUGAAUGGUUUAUGUCACAACUCAAAUUGCAAAUUGACUCAUAAGGUCAUUCCAGAAAGGAUGCCAGAUUGUUCUUACUUUUUACAAGGUCUUUGCACGAUCAAAAGUUGUCCUUAUCGGCAUGUUCAUGUGAACCCAAAUGCCCCCACUUGUGAAGGAUUUCUCAGGGGCUACUGUGCUGAGGGCAAUGAGUGUCGGAAGAAGCACAGCUAUGUCUGCCCCUCGUUUGAAGCAACUGGAUCCUGUCCUCUAGGAUCCAAAUGCAAGCUUCACCAUCCAAAAAAUCGAAAUAAGGGGAAGAAAGGUAAAAGAUCGAUAGAACAGAAGAAUGCUAGAGGGCGUUACUUUGGUUCGAUGAGGAUAAUAGACAUCUCUGAUAGAGGAAAAGCGGCAUUUGAGAUGCAAUCUGUGCAAGACGGUGAUGAUGUCCCCUUGGAAGGAAAGUUUGCUGAUUUUAUCAGCAUUGAUGAUAGUGAUGAAGAUGGAGAAUGUAAUGGAGCAACAACAGAGCGAAUAGCUUCUUCCGGAAGUGGUCCAUCGGAGUUACAAACAGAUGACUUAGAUGAGCUAAUUAAACCAAUAGGUAUUAUGAAGAAGAAUUUGACGUCAUGAUCAUCUCCACCAGUAUGUGGCAGCCAAGCUCAAAGUGUGAAGAUGGCAACAUAGGUCAUCUCCAUGUAAGAAUUGAUUAUGUUGGGUACGAGGUAAAGCUGUUAAAAGUAAUUCCUACUCCCUGUGCGUGUAGAGUGAUUAGUCUGUAAGUUUUUGUUUAUAGGUUUUUUUAUUUUUAUUUAUUUUUUCUUUUUUUGUAGGGUUUUUUUUUUGGUGUAAUUUACUGUGUAUAUGAUCAAUACCUUGAUUGAUUAAUGAAAGCAUAUAUGAAGAAAAGGGACAUCAGCCAAAUAAUAGUUUGUGGUUCCAACAAUAAACCAUAUCUCCUUCAUCGA